AUUAUGUUCCUUUACUUUAUACGUUAGCUUAAUUCUACGUAAUUUUUAUUGAAUAAAUAUAAGCAUAUAUGAACAUGAAACUUAGCAUUAUUAUUUUACAAAGCACAACAUAUUUUUAAGUCAAGAAAAUUACAUUAACAUGUGAGAAGAAAGUCAUAUUAUCCCCGUCUGCUGUGAACGUUUACGUCAAAUAGGUUAGGUUAGAGCUGGUUAAUUUGUGCAGAAACUAUAGCUGUCACAUAGUUGUAGUCUCGAGAGUAAAGUGCCAUAUUGCAAUGAUAAGAAAGGUUUCUCCACACCCUGAGAUAAAGAGUUUGAAUCAUUGUUUAAUAUAAGAGACGAUCAGUCUUAAGGGAAAAUAACAUGACGGUUAUGCCGUCUGUCAAUGUGGCAGAUCACCGACAAUAAUAUGAGAAACGGGUAUCAUUGUACGCCCACACGUCUAUCGAAUGUCGAUAAGAACAUAGCGGAUUUCUUGUUUAAGACCGCACGUGCUGUACGCAUCCACGAUGAGUAUUUUGAAAAAAAGAUUAAACGACUUUGAAGAUGUAUUAAACGCUGAAGAAAUAGAUUUUGUCAGUAUAAAACGAUUAUGCUUUCAUGGAAUUCCUGAUGAAGGAGGUUUAAGACCGUUAUGUUGGAAACUUUUGCUAAAUUAUUUACCUCCAACUAGGGCCAGUUGGUCAGAAACACUUACCCGUAAAAGAAUACUUUAUAAAACUUUCAUUGAAGAUCUGAUUGUUACUCCAGGUGAAGCAAAUGCGGAUGGUGAAAGAGUAGAUGUUACGCUUCAUGAUCAUCCUUUAAAUUUAAAUCCUGAUAGCAAGUGGCAAACUUAUUUUAAAGACAAUGAAGUUCUUUUACAAAUAGAUAAGGAUGUUAGGAGGCUCUGCCCAGAUAUAUCGUUCUUUCAACAGGGUACAGAUUAUCCUUGUAAAGAGAUUGUAAAUGCCAGUGGCCAGAAACGUUUACAUCAUAGAGUACAAUAUACAGUUUUAAGGAGUGCAAAUGUGGAACGAAAAGGUCUUGGUGUUACUAAGCAGAUAGCUGUUUCAAUUAGAAAAGCUGCAGAAGAUUAUGCACCGCUUACAGAGGGUGGCGAGGCACAUUGGGAAGUGUUAGAACGAAUACUUUUCUUAUACGCUAAAUUGAAUCCAGGCCAAGGCUAUGUGCAAGGAAUGAAUGAAAUUGUAGGUCCUAUUUAUCACGUAUUUGCUUGUGAUCCUGAUCAAAAAUGGAGAGAACAUGCAGAAGCAGAUACUUUUUUUUGUUUUACCAAUUUAAUGGGUGAAAUUCGAGAUUUUUUUAUAAAGUCGUUGGAUGAAGCAGAAUUUGGAAUAAAUUCAAUGAUGAGUAAACUUACCAUGCAAGUGAAAGCUAAUGACCCUGAAGUUUGGAUGCGUUUACGCCAACAAGAAUUAUGUCCACAAUAUUACAGUUUUAGGUGGCUGACACUUCUUCUUUCUCAAGAGUUUCCAUUACCUGAUGUCAUGAGAAUUUGGGAUUCUCUAUUUGCUGAUGAGAACAGAUUUAGCUUUCUGAUACAUAUUUGCUGUGCCAUGAUCUUAUUAUUGAGGGACCAAUUACUUGUGGGUGAUUUUGCUACAAACGUCAAACUGUUACAAAAUUUUCCUUCAAUGGAUAUUCAAAUAGUGCUUUCCAAGGCUGCUGCAUUAGCAGGGAAAUGUUUAAAUUCACCAUAACAUACAAUUGUGCACGACUUUGUGCACGAUUGAAAACGUAAACAAAUGGAGGGUUUGAACUAUUCAAAGGUAUACAUUUUCAAUGCUGUUAUUCUUUUUCUUUCUCUUUUUGCCUAACUUUUAUAUCAAAAGGUUUUAUUUUAUAUACAAGGUGUAUAAAAAAAGUGUUUAAAAAAAUAUUUCAACUGUUAAUGUUAGACAGAAAAAUUCUAUGACAAUUACACUUAGUAAAUUCUUAGGUUUUUUUCUUAAAUCCAUUAAAAUAAAAACAAUUAUAUAGGGGAAAAGUAAAAGAAAUAUUAUAUUCAUCUUGAUAGAUUUUAUGUUGUUAUAUUAUCCGUAAAAAUCUGUUUUUUAUCAUGAUAUCAUAACAUUAAUAGUUCAUACAUCACAUUAAAUAAUAUUUGCCUUAGGACACCUUGUGUACGUAUAGAGCAGAAUAUUCUGCAGUAAAUACUAGAUUAGAAUUAUAGCAUCGUUUUCAUACGGGUAUUUAAAAGAUUACGAUUGUCGUACGACCAAAAGAUCGCUAGAAUGAAAUCGAUGUAAUAGUUCUACAGAAUUCCUUAGCAUAAUAAAAACAAUAAUGACAUCGUGUGAGAGAGUCGUUGAAAUGUAAAAUGAUUUUAAGCAACGUUUUAUACUCUAAAAAAUAAAAAUUUCUGCGUACAAGUAGGGUGGUUAAGAUCCAAAUUUAGCUCUCUGCUUCUUUAUAAAAUGGUGGAGAGAAAUUCUUAACCCUUUACCAGAAACAAUAGCUCUAGACUUGUGAAUGUUGUUAUUAUUAUUAUUAUUAUUAUUAUUAUUACAACUAUUAUUAUUAUUAUUAUACUUUAUCGAGAAACAUUCCUUAUUAAUUACAAAAAAUUACAUGCGGAGGGCGGUACAUUUUGUAAAAAAGUUUUUAACUUUUUAGAUCUUAUAAAUCUAGUUAAUUCGAGUUUGUGCAGUAAAUAUCUAUACGUGAAUAUGCUUAAUAUCCUAGUGAGAAGCUUGGUAUGAAACUUCAGUACUAAAACCUUCCAUCCACUACAGGGCUGUUAAGUUCGAAACUUAUAUCUAGUAUAAUAAGUAAAGAUAUAUGAAAGCUUUUAUAACAUAAGGAAAAAUUUUAUUAUAUUAUUAUAUAGUUUACUUUAUUGUAUUGCCUCAGUUUCUUGAGGACAUAGUUAUUCGACUGAAUAUUGUGUCAUCCAUGGUAAGAGACAGUGCUCAAUUUGAUGCAAUACUAUAUCAUCCAUUGUUUAGGUAUUAAUGAAAAUGAUAGAGCGUGUAAUUAUAUAAAGAAAUGAUAUCAAGACUUUACUAUGAAUCUUUAUAACUAAUUAUUAUUUGAAAUAAUCUUAACUGCCAAUGUUUUCAUUGUUUUGUUUUUCAUUCAAUUAAAUUACAUACAGUAAGUACUAUUAUAAAAUAAAAAAUCAAUAAUUAUGUUAAUAAGAAUUAGGAGUGUUUCUCGUUAAAGUUAAAGGCGAAUGGAAAAACAACUGUGCUGUGAAUGAAAGAUUCAGCCAUAUUAAAAAUGUAAGUCUUGUUACCCUUAAGCAAAAGAAGAGAAGAAAUGUUUGUAUGUUUGGAUACUCUAAAAAUAUUUAUUAGUAAAUAAA